GCAGAAUUAAGAAACAAUUCUUUGGGAGGUAAAGUUCCCAUCAUCCUCCGUCGCUGCUUCAUAUACAGAUCCUUCUGAAAAUCUAAGUCUGAGCCCAACGACCGCCAGGAGCUUCUACAGCCCGUCUCCUCCACCCUCAGGCUACUCGUCGUGGAUGCUUCGGAGGAUGAUUUUCGCGAAGGGUCCGCUCCUGCAUGAUGCACUCGACUUCCUUAAGGACAUACACAAGGUGGUGGUGCCUCUUCUGCAGCAGAUCAGCCAGAGAACUCGAGUGGUCGUAACGUCCCAGAGCAGGUACAAGAAUCACGCAGACGUUGGAGAGAGAGUAAUUUCAUUUCUUGCCGAUCCAAACUAUGACUGGAGCGAGGCCGCGUUCCUGCACUACCUGUGGCGGCACCCACGACAGCCGCCACAACCUUCACCGCCUCAUGCAUCCUCUGCGAGGGUUACGAAGAAACGAGGGAGCCGCCGCGGCGGAGGGCCCCGAGACCACCUGGUGCCCGGGGCGGACGACGGCGGAGUGUGGUGGUGGGACACGAUUCUGCCACUGAGCCUGGCGGAGAGCAGCGAGUGUGAGGAGCUGUUCCUCAGUGGCCUGACACAUCACUCUUUGUACACCAGCGAAUUCCUCAGGUGUAAAGACGACAUCCACGCAAGCACCGUCACCCUGAAAGACCAGGUCACGAUGCUGCUCAACCUGGUGUGCAACUCCGUGCUGGGGGGACUCGAGAGGACACAGCAGGGAGGCCUCGAGGGGCUGUGCUGUGGUUAACGACGAGGAACGCAGCAGGGAGGCCUCGAGUGGCUGUGCUGUGGCUAACGACGAGGAACGCAGCAGGGAGGCCUCGAGGGGCUGUGCUGUGGUUAACGACGAGGAACGCAGCAGGGAGGCCUCGAGGGGCUGUGCUGUGCCUGAGAGAUAGAUAGAUAGAGAUAGAUAGAUAGUUGAAUGAAUGGAUGGAAAGAUAGGAAGAUAAACUGAUAAAAAGUCGGAUGGCUGAAUAGCCAACCAUCUGACUGAUGGACUAUUUGAUAAAGACAAGCUGGCGGGUCAGCGGUCAGCGCACACGUGUAAAACGGUGGAUCUCCGUCGAUGGUAGACUGCUCUCAACCAUCGCCAAAUGCCUGAAGAUCGCAGCUUGUACAUAUUUUGUCUGUCUACCUCUUCUUGGUCUUCAGUUCCCUCUAGCUGAUCGACUGGAUCAAACAUGAGCCGAACAGAAUCACGAGGAUCGGCCAUGCCGCAAACAGGCUUGGCGCACAACCAGUGGCCCUCGAGAUGCUCGAGACGCGCAGCCCCAGGCGGCAGAAAAAACAACACAGAGGGAAGCCACCAACCAAUGAAAGGACGCGGUGCUUCAUGAAUGUUUUUCUUCUCAAUUUUCUUA